AUGCUCAAGUACGCAGCCGUUCUGUUCUUCGUUUUAAUGACUGCUAGUCGUUGUGGAUCUUUGGCAGGACCUCGAAUAAAGUUUCAUCACACGUAUGGGUUCGAUAUGAUCGGCUCCAGAUGGUUCUAUAUCGAACACAAUAAUAGCAAAAAUUGGACUAGUGCUGCCUCUUACUGUCGCGAGAUCGGUGGACAUCUGGCCGCGAUUAAAAACGAAGAGGAGUUACUCGAGAUCAGACGUUUUCUCAGGAAUGAUGGUGGCUACUGGCUGGGCAUCAACGACCACGAUGUAAAGGGAAACUUUGUGUCUUUGGCCUCUGGAAAACCAGCAUUUUUGAAGUUGCAUUGGACUUCUUCUUACUAUUACAAUGAACAAAGCUGCGUUGAAAUUUUUAAAUUCGAAACCGACGAUAUGCUGAUGAUAAUGUGUUCCCAUGAAAGACACUUCAUUUGCCAAUGGGAUAAUGAAGUUUAG